ACGCUAGUAGCACUAGAGCCACCAGAGUUACAUAUUGUUUAACAAGAUUUUAGAGACUGCAGUGCCGAUAGCAAAUAUCUUCAUGUUGAAGUUUAUAGUUGCAUUUAUUUUAAUCACAAAAUGCGUUUAUGGAGAACAUUUAAAUAUCAAUAAUGUAAUUGAAUUGGAACUGAAUAACACAAAUACAAAUCAUAGGUCAUAUUUUGGAUAUUCGUUGCUUUUACAGAAAGGAAAUCCAUCUCAGGUUAUCGUUGGUGCUCCCAAAUAUAGUACUAAAAAUGGAGGAGCAAUAUUUGUUUGCGAAUUAAUUCCGAACAAAGAAUGUAGGCAAUAUGGAUUUAAAGUCCCAAGUGCAGGUUCUAUGAAUGGAAAUUUCUUGGGUCUGAGUCUAGACGGAGAUGAAUUUGUAGGGGGUUUGUUUGUGACAUGUGCGCCCAGGGUUGUACAAGCAUUUGCUCCCAGAUCAAGAUAUGGAUUUUACAGAUUGCAUGGGAGAUGUUAUCGACACGAAAAUUCGUCUCUUAUAGAUACUCCAAAUAUUGAAUAUAAUGAAAUAUUUCCUAGUGAUAUAACUACGAGAUCGCAGGUUCAGCUUGGAUUUGACAUCUUCUACCAAAAAGACAAAAACAUAUUGACUGGAUGUGUAGGAGCUAAUAGGACUACUACAAAUAUUACGUCUGGCACUAUUUUAACAGGACCUUUGUUUGAUAAGGAUUUAUCAUCAUGGAAUUUUGUAACCAAUAGAUUUCCAGAAAGCAAAGACUACGAUUAUAUAGGUUACAAAGUCGGUGUUGCCAAAUAUCAACAAAAUGAAUACGUUAUUGGUGGAGCACCUAGAGCUGAAAGCUGUAGGGGCCAGGUGCUAACUAUCAACAAAGGAAAAGUAGUAAAUAAGAUUUUUGGUGAUAGUGAUGCUUUGGGCUCAUAUUUCGGAUCAUCAUUUUUAGCUGUUGACCUUAAUAACGAUAAUUCAGAUGAGUUGUUUAUUGGUGCACCGAUGACUGCAGGAAAUACAUUUGAUGAAGGAUGCGUAUUUUACUACAACGAUAUUUCUGCAACAGUCCAUAGUGCAAUCCUCUAUGGCAGCAAAAGAAGAGGAGCAAGAUUCGGUACCAGUAUCGUUAACUUAGGAGAUAUAAAUUUGGAUUCGUUUAUUGAUAUAGCAAUAUCAGCCCCAUUUGAGGACAAUGGUAUUGGUGCUGUUUAUAUUUACAUGGGUACCAGUAUUGGAAUAAAUGAAACGUUUAACCAGAGAGUAACACCAUCCACAUUUUCACCAGCUUUACCAAAUAUUAGAGGAUUUGGAAUAGGUCUCUCAAGAGGACUAGAUAUAAACAAUGAUGGUUACAACGAUAUUGCUGUUGGUGCGUAUCAAAGUGAAAAAGUCUUCGUACUUCAGUCCAAAGAAAUAAUUAUAUUUCAUGCUAGUCUUACAUCAGAUAUAAACUCAAUUUCCGUUGACAAGACAUCAAUAGUACCUAUUCGCUAUUGUGUUGGAUUUUCACCAAAAUCACCAAGUAGCAAACUAACAUCACUAACAUUUUCAAUAGAAAUAAUAGUUGAUGAUGUAGUGACGGAUAGAAAUGAUAAUAUUGCCAUUGAUAGAAGCAAGAAUGUUUGUAAUGAAUUUAAUGCUACCGCUGAUAAGCCAGUGGGCGACUUCGUUCCUUUCCAAAUCUCCCUUAGAAGCGAUGUGAUUGAUAACGUAGUGGUAGAAGGACCCAAAGUUGUAACUUUGUCAAUCCCUUUCAUACAUGGAUGUAGUUCAGCUAACUUAUGCAAGACGCAGCUCAGUAUGAAUAUUACACCAAAAAACUCUCAAAUAAUACUGGGACAAAAUGAUCACUUUGCUUAUGAUGUAAGUGUAAAAAAUGAAGGUGAACCCGGAUACCAAUGCCAAUUAAAUAUUACACUGCCAAAUGAACUUGGACUAGAAAAUGGUAAAGGAUGCUAUUCAGAUGGUCAUAAUAUUGUUAUAUGUAGACUUGGAAGCAAGCUGGAUAAUCUAACUAAAUCGAUCAACGUUAAUUUUGAUAUGCUCCCUAGUCCAAAUCUGAAUAAAAGGACCUUGGACAUCAAAUUUGAGUUAUCCUGUCUUCAUGGACAGGACACUGCAACAGAUACCGCAGCUAUAAUGAUUGAUAUUAUAAGCUCUCCAUUUAUUGAAGGAAAAACGUUGCAAGACACUAUAGAAAUUUUUCCUGAAGAUACAGAUCUACAAAAACAAUUGGAGACUGUUCAUAGUUAUACUGUAGCUAACACGGGAACAUCACCAGUUAGAUCUGAUAUAUACAUAUUAAUUCCAACAAUAACAAUUAAAGAUAAGAAAUUAUUUGAAGUUGUGGAAUCUACGAAAGACAGGGAUGUCAACAAAAUGCACUGUUCCCCAACAAAUAAUCCAGAAAUAUCCAACGUUAAAUAUAAUGUAUCAUCCCUCAUAAAAACACCUGAGAAUGAAACGGAGAUCGUCGAUUGUUUCAACAAAUGGAAAUGUGAAAUAUUGUUUUGCCAAGGAUCAAUUUUGAGAGACGACACCGAGACAACGGUUUUCAAUGUAAAACUUAAAACUAAUAGUGGACUUCUAGGUCAGUUUUUUAAGAAACAAACUCGUGGAAAAUUUAUUGCAGCUUUCGUCACUUCAGCAAUACAUACGUCUAACACCACGGUUACUGGACAUGCUUCCACUACAUUGCUGCUUUCCAAUGUUGUCAAAGCCGUUCCGAAUUGGGUUUACGUGGUGGCAACAAUUGUGGGUUGCCUAUUACUUGUAGUAUUAAUUUUGGUUCUAUUUAAAUGUAACUUCUUUGAACGAGAAUACAGAGAUAAACUGAUAGAAGAAAGGGAGUUGAUUGAGGAUAAUAAUGAGCGACUACCUGAACCUAUACAACUUGACCUUAUGGAAAUCCAGGAAGGGAAUGAAGGUGAUGCAAAUGAUGACGAGAUAACCGAAUCUAAAUAAUAAUUAUUUAUAUUAAUUGAUUGUACAUUUUAUAGUAAAUUAUGUGUCAUUUUCAUUAUAAAUAGUUAUAGUAAAGUUAUUAACAAUA